ACACCACUCGAAAUGACGCUCCUACAAACCCUCCUCCGCGCGACGGCGUUCAAGUCCCCAUUGCUCCGCACUCUCGUCCCUGCUGUUGGUUUGGCAUAUGGCAUCCAGGCAGCUGUUGCUGUCCCAUCGAUUACGGCGCAGACAGAGCGGUACUAUGAUCUAAGUGGCAGCGUGACGUAUCUGUCAUGUACCGCUCUUUCUUUGUUCCUGCCGUACCUGCGCGCAAAGAACGCAGGAACCUUCACAGGCGGGCUAUCUGAGUACUUUUCAAGCAAAGGAUUAGGCCAGGGAACGUGGUGGUGGAGACAAGCGCUUCUAAGCGCAGCAGUGGGGGUGUGGGCUUUACGAUUGGGAUCCUAUCUCUUCCAGCGCAUCUCCUCCGACGCGGGCCGCGACUCGCGCUUCGACAAGAUCCGCAGCAGCCCCUCGAAAUUCUUCGUCGCCUUCUUCGCCCAGGCAACAUGGGUGUCCCUCUGUACGCUGCCCGUCAUCCUCGUGAACGCCGUCCCGCGCUCCGCAUACGCUACAUCGGCCCUGGGCGCGGCGAUAUCCGCGCGCCCCUAUCUGACAGAUAUCAUCGGCCUCGCGCUGUUCGUCUUCGGCCUGAGCUUCGAAGUCACGGCCGAUCGCCAGAAGAGCGCGUGGGUCGAGGGGAAGAAGGCGAAGAAGCAUUCCGAAGAGUUCUUGACGCAUGGCCUGUGGGCGAAAUCUAGGCAUCCGAAUUACUUUGGCGAGGCGACGUUGUGGUCGGGCAUUGCGGUUGCUGCUGCGGGUCUGCUUGUUCGCCAGCCCACGCAGGCUGCGCUGGGCUUGAGUGGGUCGCCGGCGAGCCAGAUGCUGGUGUCCGGGUUGUGCGCGGCGAGCCCGGCGUUUGUGUCGUUUUUGCUGCUCAAGGUGAGCGGGGUGCCGUUGAGCGAGAAUAAGUAUGAUAAGAAGUAUGGCGACAGGAAGGAUUAUCAGAAGUGGAAGAGGGAGACGCCCAUGUUCUUUCCGAAGUUUUGGUAA